AUGGUACCCCGGGCGCUUGCUGUCCUAGCGGUGCUGCAGCUGCUCGCGGCGCAGAUGACCAUGGCAACCCGGGAGACCCGGUGUAACCCGGGCGAGUAUGAGGUUACCAGCCUUUUCCGCUGCAGCAAACUCUGCCCGGCUGGCUACUACGUCAGCAAAUACAUAGACCAGGACCACCGCAUCGGAGAAUGCAGGGAGUGCGAGCUUGGAACCUUCCUGGCCCAUCCCAAUGAAGAGAGCAGCUGCAUGCUGUGUUCCCAGUGCCGGGAGGAUCAGGAGGUGGUGACUGAAUGCUCCCCAACUAGCGACCGGCUAUGCCAGUGCAAGCAGGGCAACUUCUACUGCGACUCCAUGGACUGCACGGAGAGCUGCUUCCGGUGCAAAAGGUGUGAAGACAGCACCAUCCUUCAACCCUGCAACGCCACAAAGGAUACAGUUUGUGCCGUACAAAUUCAUCCAGAGGCUGGAAACCUAAAGUGGCCGUGGAUCCUCCUUGCUGUGACUGUGGUCCUUUCCAUCGCCACAGCCAUCGUCACCACCGUCAUCUGCCACUGUAGAAAAGCAGCUGCGUGGUUUUUCCAGUCGGUUGUCGUUUUGGGGAAACAAAACCCGAAGGAGCCAGGCAGCCCUUCACCAAGAAGCAGCCGGCCCAAGGAGAUGCAGAUACCCAUGGACCUUGAGAGGGGCCAACCAGCCCCUGGUGUGGAGACCAGGCCGCUGUCGGAGGUGGAGGACUCAGCCCUGGCGCCUGAGGCCAGGACCCGCCCGGGGCCCUCCAAGGACGCUGGGGAAAUCUUUGAGCUACAGGAGCUGGGGGCCGAAGGAAGUCCAGCAGCCCCAGAGCAGACACUACAACAGACUCAAGCUCCCGAGGCCCCCAGGCCCCCAGUCCAAGCAGAGGUGUCCCCUUCCCUCCACAGCCUGGAGCAGCUCACAGGAAGACAAUCUGACCCUGCCCACCUGUGCAUGGCUGCAGAAAAGAAGAAAGUAACGCAUCUCCUCCUCAAGGAUGGUCAUUCCAGGAGAUGAUUUGCAAGACUGAUGGUCCUCUUUACUUUACUUCCCCACCGCCUCUCCCUCUCUAUUCUGCCUUUUUACUUUACUUCCCUGUCUGAUUCUAUAAAAGAAACUGGCAUCCAGACCCCGAUAAGGCGGUUCUUUUGAGACACAAAUCUGCCAUCUUCUCGUCUGGUGGCUUUUCCUCGUCUCAGCACCUCACGUCUGACUUAUUGGCCUGUGUGCGGUGAGCCACACGAGCUUGGACUCGGUGACAAGGGGACCAUGGCACCAAGGGGAGGCAGAGGCUCAGCAUGUGUCCUCGCUGGGCCCCAGGGCUGGGAAACAGCAGGACCGAGGAGGCACAGCCCGCUGGUGCUGGACCCUGAAGCCUCUUGCGCAGUCAGCAGAGCUGGGCCAAGCACCUCCUGGGUGCCAGGCUUGGCAUCUGGAGAACACAGGGCUGCGGGGGCAGGGUGUGGGCUGGAUCCUGAGAUGGGUGGGAUUGUCCCCGGUGGGCCGUGUCCAGCCGUGCACAGCGGGAAGCAACGGUUCCCAUCCUCCGCUGUGGGGCUGCUGGGGGCUUUCCUGAGUGGGUGACACCGGAAUGGGGUUUGACAAAUAAUCAGACACCCACUAAGUGGCCCUGUGGGAGAGGGCCAGGGUUCCUGAGUGAUGAGGAACCCUAAGGCAGGGCAAGGUCAGGGGUUGAAGAAAGGGGAGACUGGGAGGAGAUCGUGGACCCCUGGGCCACCCUUGCACAGCCACGGGGCUUGAGAAGUCCGGAGACUGUAGGUUCCACGGGUCGUGAGCCCUUAGGCAUCAUUUCAGGGACCCGGCCUGUGACUUUUGUCGGAUGCUCCAGGGCUCCUGAGACGAAUAAAAUGCAGAAGUUGGGGCCCCUGCCGAGGGUCGGGUCAGGGUGACGAGCUGGUCCCUGGGUGUCCCUCUGGGGCUGUGCUGUAACGGGGCAGCUGUUCUUACCCUUUUUACCAGCCAUGGGACAGAGCGCUGAGUCCUUGCCGGCCGUGGGCAGAGACAG